AUGAGUAGUCCAAAAGCAAGUCAACAGAUACGUGGAUCAGUUGUUGUAGAGGAAGAUGAUGAUGAGAAAUUAAUGAGAGAUUGUCAUGUUUCCAGAAAAAGGAUUAGUGAAUUACGUGAAAUAUUUCGAUUUAUUGAUAGAGAUAAUGAUGGUACAGUCAGCAGACAGGAAUUCAGUACAUUAAUUCGUCUUGUCAGCUCAGAAUAUACAGAUAAUCAAAUUAAAUUACUCAUGAAUAAAGCUGAUAUGAAUGGUGAUGGUGAAAUGGCAUUUGAUGAAUUUGUUCGUCUUUUAUCAAAUGAAAGUGAUACUCAAGAAGAAGUUUCAGCAACACGUGAAGCAUUUGAAGUUUUUGAUACGGAUAAUGAUGGUUACAUCACAGCGUCUGAAUUACGUCAAGUAAUGAAUCGUGUUGGACAUAGCUGUACUGAUUUAGAUGUACAAGAAAUGUUAUCUGAAGCUGAUCAAGAUGGUGACGGUAAAGUGACCUAUGAAGAAUUUGUUGCUAUGCUUAAAGAAAACUCUAGUGAAUAA